CCCGCAGUUUGGCGUCCACACAGAUUGAUAAAAAAAUAUUACUAAAAUUUUCUAUGUAUUUAGAUCAAUAGAGCUUUUAUUUCCACUUGAGUUUUAUUUUCUAGUGAUGUUAUAACGAGACUACUAUGUUGUUUCUGUGAUCGUUUCGUUUGAUCGCGAGUGCUGUGGUGGAUUUGUAAACAUCGGGAACGCUGGACCACGUCUAUGAGUUCUUAUUGGCAGUAUGGCGGAAAUAGUGUACCCGCAAGGCUGCCGACCUAUUACCGAUGACCUUGGACCUGAUGAGCUGGUGCGGAGACUUAAGGCACUGGCCCACACCCUACAAGGUCUGGGCCAGGAUGAAGGCAUGUACCAGCAGUUCAUCCCGCUGGCACUCCACUUGGCUGACGAGUUCUUCCUGACGCACCCCUCGAGAGACGUGCAGCUGCUGAUCGCUUGCUGCAUCGCCGAUGUACUGCGCGUCUACGCCCCCGAGGCGCCCUAUAAGGAUCAGGAACAGGUGAAGACAAUAUUCCUGUUCCUGAUCAACCAGCUGCAGGGUCUGCGCGACCCCAAGGACCCGGCGUUCAAGCGCUACUUCUACCUGCUAGAGAACCUGGCCUACGUCAAGUCCUUCAACAUGUGCUUCGAGCUCGAGGACUGCCAGGAGAUCUUCUGCGCGCUGUUCUCGCUCAUGUUUAAGAUUGUCAACACGGAACACUCAUCAAAAGUGAAGUCCUUCAUGCUGGACGUCCUCUGCCCGCUGAUCACGGAGUCGGACGUGGUCUCCAACGAGCUGCUGAACGUGAUCCUGAUCAACCUGGUGGAGCCCAACAAGCGCGAGCACAAGCAUGCGUACGCGCUCGCCAAGGAGCUCGUCAUCAAGACCAGCGAGACCCUGGAACCGUACAUACAGGCGUUCUUCAACCACGUGCUGAUCCUCGGCAAAGAAGAGAAAUCCCUGCUCAUAUUCUCGAAAGUAUACGAGUUGAUCUACGAGUUCAACCAGAUCUGCCCAUCCAUACUGAUAUCAGUGCUCCCGCAGUUGGAGUGCAAGCUGAAGUCCGCUCAGUUCCAGGAGAGACUCAGCGGCGUUGCGCUACUUGCUAGAAUGUUCUCUGAACCCGGCUCAGAGUUGGCUAAACAAUACCCGGCGUUGUGGCGAGCCUUCCUCGGGCGCUUCAACGAUAUAUCCGUUUCAGUGCGCAUCAAAUGUGUGCAAUACUGCAUGCAUUUCCUCGUACACCAUCCGGAUCUACGCAAAGACAUAACGGAGACACUGAAGAUGCGUCAACACGACGCGCACGAACAAGUCCGCUACGAGGUCGUCAUGGCAAUCAUAGCCACGGCGCAACGUGACUUCCCAGCCGUCGCGGAGUCCGAAGACCUCCUACACUUCGUCCGCGAGAGGACUUUGGAUAAAAAGUUCAAAAUACGCAAAGAAGCCAUGUAUGGUUUGGCUAUGAUUUACAAGAAAUACUUAACGGAAGAAAGCGUGCCUCCCGCCACGGAGAAGGCUGUGAAAUGGAUUAAGGACAAAAUCUUACACGGUUACUACAUGACGGCUUUAGAAGACAGGCUCCUAGUGGAAAGACUUCUAAACACAUCUCUAGUCCCGUACACUUUGCCGCCGGAUAUUCGUAUGAAGAAGCUGUACUUCUUGAUGUCUAAUGUGGAUGAUAACGCGACGAAGGCGUUUAUAGAACUCCAGAAGCAUCAGUUGGCGGUCCGGCGCACCGUCGCUGAGUGGAUCGAGCUGCACAGGAAACCUCCCUCGCCGGCCGUGCAGAAGGAGUUGAUCGCUAAGGUGCUGCACAUUAGCUCCAAGUUCCUCCCGGAGUCGGUGAAGGCGCAGGAGUUCCUCAACAAGUUCUCGCAGCACAUGAAGCAGGCGCCGGAGUUGCUGCAGGGCAUGGAGACCAUCCUCAACCCCAACGUUAGCUGCGAAGUGUGCGUCCGGACCACGUCGGCAGUCCUGAGGAAGCUAGGCCAACCGGUGAUGACAAACCUGUACUACAACACUGUGAAGAUGCUUCUAGAACGAGUGAGCUCCGUGAUGAUAGACCACGACUCGCUGCUCAUACUGGUGGGGUAUGUGGAGAGUGCCGUCAAGGGCACUGACCCCUCCAUCGCCGAGGAGUGCGGCACAGACAUCAAAACGGCGGCAGAGCGCGGGCUGAAGCUGCUGGUGAUGCUGUCGUUCGUGUUCCCGGCGCACUUCCUGCACGAGGACGUGCUCAACCGGCUGACGACGCUGCUGGAGCUGGACGACGACAGCGUGGCGCCGCACAUCCUCGCGGCGCUCACCUUCCUCGGGAAAUACCGCCCGCUCAGUGAAGCGUGUCCCGCUCUGUUCCCGAAACUGAUUACUCUGUGCAAGGCGUACGCUGAAGUAGGCACGCCGAAACAAGCAAAGAACGCUGUCAGAUGUUUGUUCGUGAACGUGCCGACACAGCGCGGCGCGAUCUUCACUGAGAUCCUGGAGACGUUGAAGGCGACCCUCACCCCGCACUCGGAGCACUACCGCACGGCCAUCGUGACGCUCGGACACAUCGCGCACAACCUACCCGACAACUUCCCCGUGCACAUCAAGAACAUUGUCUCCAGGAAGAUAGUAAAAGAACUCCUAGUCCGCGAGGGCGGCGGCGGGCCCAACGCCCCGACAGGCCAGUGGUGCAGCGAGGAGGAACUCCCGGAAGAGACGCGCUGCAAGUUGGAAGGACUUAAAUGCAUGGCGCGCUGGCUGCUCGGCCUCAAGAAGGACGAACUCUCAGCUCAGAAGACUUUCAGGAUGCUCAACGCGUUCAUCGUGCACAAGGGGGACCUGCUACAGCAAAACCAGCUGUCCAGCGCGGAGAUGGCACACCUACGACUGGCCGCGGGCGCCGCCAUGCUCAAGAUCUGCGAGCAGAAGGGCGUCGGCGACCAGUUCACAGCGGAACAGUUCUACAACCUGUCGCACCUCAUGAUUGACGAAGUGCCGGAAGUUAGAGAAGCUUUCGCAGCGAAACUACACAAAGGACUGUCAAAGGGCAUCCCGAACAAGUGCCUGCCCCUGGACUUCAUGGGCAUGUACGCGCUGGCGGGCCGCGAGCCCGAGCGCCGCAUCCGCAGCCUGGUGCGCCAGUACAUGGUGGCCGACGUGGUGCGCCGCCGCGAGUACAUACGGAACAUCACCGUCGGCACUAAAGUGGACCGCGCCGUGGCGCAGCUGCCGCACAUCCUACCGGACUACAUGCUGGUGUUCGCGGUGCCCGUGCUGACCCACGACCCCGAGUUCACCAGCUACGACGACGUCAACCAGCUCAAGGUGAUAAAGCAAUGCCUGUGGUUCAUCCUGGAGCCACUGAUCACGCGCAACGACCUGUACUGCUACGGGUUCUACAAGACAUUAGUGGAGCGCAUGAAGAAUCACAAGGACGCGCUCAAUGAGACAGAUGACGCUGUUAACUAUAAAAUGUGGGCGGUAUGCGACCUGGCGAUGUCUGUGAUAUGGUCGCGCUCGUCGCGGUUCGAGCUGCGCGACUUCCCGUCCGACACGCGCAUCCCCACUAUGUACUUCGCGCCGCAGUCCGAGUACUUCGUCAACACGCGCGUCUUCCUGCCGCCCGCGCUACAGUUCCAGCCAAAACGCCAGAACGACCAGGUGGACACCAAGGAACGCCCCAAGAAGCGGCCGCGGCAGCAGGCUAGCGAAAACUCCAACGAAUGUGAACCAUCAGAGGCUUCUGCCACCCAAAUCCAGCUCCCUGGGUUGGACCAAGCGCCAGAGACAGAGUUACCUGACGACGAGCCAGCGUCUAAGCGCAUCAGCGAGGAGUGAGCGAGACGGCAACACAGUGACGUCAUGCGGCGAAUUAGUGACGUCAUACGGCGACAUAGUGACGUCAUAUGUCAACAGUGACAGUGUGUUCCAACUAUAGUGCUGAAGUGACUGUUGUGUACGGAUUGUUAUACUUGUCGGUUGAGCAAUAGGUGAGUUGUACCCGCCUUUUGUUAAUUAAAUCGUUUAUUGUGUUUUUUUUUAAAUAUGGAGUUUUAAUUUUGAGUUUAAGGUUAGGCAAAGAACUGAGCUAUACAGCCACGUCGGUAAAGUCCGGUUCAAGUAGUUAUUUUAUAUGCUUCGUCAUUUUGAUACUAUGAUUCGGUCAAUAAUGUUAAGCUGCAUAAUAGUAAGAGAAGAAAGGAAUGAUUAUAGGUUGUCAGAUCACAUUGCAUUUGUUGUUUAUUUCUCUUUUACUGAAUACUCUCAAAUAGCUUUCGUUUCAUUUACUAUCCCAUUAUUUCUUUAAUUUUCUAUUUGUCGCUCACUAUGUGUCUUUAUAACCAUGGGUAACCCCUAGCAACCAUUACACGAGCAUCAAUCAUGUUAUUUAUUUGCAUUUGCUCAAAAUCCCAAUAAAAUAUCUUUGGCAUUCGUAUAUUCACGGUCAGUAUCGUUUAAAAUUGGUUUUAUUUAAUUAAGAACUCGCCUAUUGCUUUAUCGAUAAGAAAUGAUUUGUGUAUAAUAAUUUUUAUCGUGUUUAUGUGAGGUUUGAUUGUAAGAAAAUCCUCAAAAUCAUUAAUUGAAUCUAAAAACUCAAUUAUGACAUGCUGAAAUGCAUUCCUAUAUAUUGAUACUGAUUGCAAUACAUUGUAAUAUUUUGAAAUAUUUAAAGGAAGUUCCUAGUAUAGCUCAAUAGGCAACUGUGUUUGCCAUUACAGACCUCCAUUACAGAUGGCGAUACGGUUCAUCACCUAUCACGUUGGUCUAACAAAGCUCAGUGAAAUGGUUACUCAUCAAUCGAUGACUGUACCUCUGACUACCCUAAUAGAUGUGAGCUCAUGUUUCACAGCUUUUGAACUCCGCCCCGCACUAAAUCGCCGAGCAAUACUUACUUCACCCCCCCGCUGGGUUUCACUUUAGUCUGUCGGGUCGUAAGCCGAUACAUGUGCCUCAUUCGCACUCAUUACAAUAACUGAUAUCUCUGGGGUUUUGUAUGGUAUGUGUCUAGGAGUCUGGGCCAUCAUGGGUUUUCCUAACGUAACAACACAAAUCUCAUAAUCGUUAUGGACAGAGCUACCGGAAGACAACAUGCAGCCACAUUCGGUAAUGUCUGUAUUUGGUGUAAUGUGCGUCUGUUGUAUUUCAAAAUAUUACAAAGUAUAAAGCAAUCUAAACAGCACAAGAGAAAGAUUCCAUUUGUCAAAUAGAUUGCAUAGUGUUGGUCUGUUAUAAGGACUUAAUUUAAUGGAUGGAUCUUUCAAGUUGUGCUAUAGUCAUGAAGUACUAAGAGUAAGCCACAUAGAAGCAGUACAGUGGCGAAACGAAGUUUGAGAAUCCACAUUUUUAUGUCCGGAUUUUCAUAUAUAAAAUGAAGUAUAAGAAUGCUCGCUCCCGCCUAUAGGGUUUAUUACACCCAUGCUAUAAGAAGACCAGGUAUGCUCAAUCCUAUGACAAGCCGCCAUUGCUAGCCCUUUGAUGACGUAAGUGUUACCACUGCGUUACCAUGAAAUUAAAAAAAAAAAUGUUUAUUCAUAAAAAAAACAUAACAAAGUUCGUUGACGAGACUUCCCAGUAAGUAACAAUAGUACUUGUGUUGGGAAUUAAAUUGGUAUCUCCAACAUUCCAAGGACUUAAAUUUUAUUAUUGAAAAUUAAGUGAAUUACAGAUUAAUGUAUUUAAUUACUAUUACUUGUCACAUAUAUAAAAAUCAAUAAAACUCAGUAAAUAUAACAACAUUGGAUGUGGGUAAUUUAUUUUUACGUAAUGGCAACGCAGGGCAGGAUGACGUCAGCUCGGCUAACCUUGAAAUGUUAGCUGUCACUUUUGAACAUAUCUGGUUUUCCUAUACCAUGAUUACACCUACCUGUCCGACAGGCUAGAUGCGUCAGGGUUAGGACUCCCGGUUCUUGAUUAGAUCGUGUAGUCUAAUAGCAAAUCGGCGGGUCGUAGCCAUGGUAACCACGAUCUCGAGCGAGUUGAGUAACCAUGGUAACCACCCGUGACCUUGACGCAUCUAGCCUGUCGGUCAGGUAGGUGUAAUAAGCCCUUAUCUGGCCUUGACUUGAACUUGCUGGAAUGCGCUUCCUAACUGCGCUAUAUUUAGCAAGGAGCUAAUGUGUCCCAGUCAAUGAAAUACGCUUAUCAUUGCUGAUUUCCAACUAAAGCAAUGUGCUAUGUAAAUAUAUGAAGAAACAAAACAAAUCACUUCAUUAGGUCUAAACUAUUGGCACGCUACGAUGGCCGAUUUGACGUUUAUCCCGCUCAUCGAGUUUCGUAUUAAUUAAUAACUAUGUUACAGGAGCAAAUAGCUGUACUUCAUUGUGUUCAUCAAGUUUCGUAUUAAUUUAUAACCAUAUUGACGAAGCGAAUUGCCGUACUUUAUGGCAAAACAGCGAUCAUAGCGUGUCGCUAGUUACGUUUAUAUGUCGUUGAAAGACAUUAAAUAUCGAUCAUUAAAAGCAAAAAAAUUGGGUAGAUAUUUCCUAGUACUAUAUCCAUCAGGUGAGAUCGCCCAAAACAUAUACAAAUUGACUGUAACAAGAACAAUUAUACGAGAUUUUAAAAAUCGAAUGCGACAUAUAUAUACCUUUUUGAAAUUGUCUUUAAGGUGCGUCCAGAUUGCUGUCGAUCAAAGACUUCGAUCGUUUGAAUUGUCGCAGUGUGAUGCAUAAGACAAGCGAUUGUCUACGUCGAUCGACCGCAAUCACCUAGGUCGCCCCUACGGACUGUUUUGUCCAAAAUUUGAUACUAGUAACUCGGAUUAUGAAAAUUUUUGAAUUAAGUAUAUUCAUCUAUUUAUGACUUUGUAAACCAAGGGAUGUAAUUUCAACUGACCCUCAAGAAAGUUUAAUAGAAAAACAUUUUCUUUGUGACCCAUUGUCAUUGGAUUUAUAAGAGAAGUGUUCAAAAUCCUAAUUGACUUUAUAAGUACUGACAUUCAAUAUGAAUUUUUCGACGUAUUUUUGUCAAACGGGCGAAAAUAUAUUAACUCAAUGUCCAAAAUCAUUUGUUCUGUAAAAGAUUGUAAGAACUCCGGAAUUAAUCAUUUUAUAGAAUCUUGACAAACUUAUUAGUUUAAAGUUUCGGAGAAAUCAUGAAACUUUUUGUAUUUCAUUGUUUCAAAUAAGUUUAGAAAUCGACAAUGAAAUUAAAAUAUUAAGUCAUAUUUUUUGUUGAUUAUUGGUACUGAUUCUGGGGACAAAACUUUUAUUUUCGUCUGACAGCCCUAUAAAUAGUCCCGUCCUUCACUUACGACGAGUGUGAGACAGAGAUGGAGAUGGUGUUAGAACUGUCAAACUGAAUUAAAGUUGGUGUCUGCAGGAAUCGACACCAUUGUCUUCUUUUGAUAAUCAAUAAUAUCUAGGAUUCAUAGCACUACAGAAUAUAAAUUGGUUCAUUCAAAAUCUGUUCAGUAGACUAUACUUGAAACAGAGAUCAAUAUUUUUACAGGUUUCCAACUUAUAGGUAUCUUGGAUCCUAGAUAUUGAUGACUUUCACGAUAAGAUUGACAUGAUAAUUGCUAAGCUUAGUGUUUAGGGAUAUCCUAAAUCAAAUCAAAAGAAAAGUUAUAACCUAUUUAUUUAACUGUGCUCAAAAAUCGACUAUGUUAUUAGAGGUAUUGUGACUAACUUAUGAAUGAACAUGGAAUUUUGAUUACGAGACUAAAGCGCGUACAAUAAAUUGGUAAUGUUUAACAGAGGUCAGACGAAAGGAAAUCACAGUGAAUCUAUCUUCAACAUAUUAUAUUCUUGGAAUUUCUUUGUGAAAUGUGAAAAGAUUUGCCAACUUACAUGCUUUCCGCAGAUUGCCUUUGGCCGGGUUUCCACUGACGCGGAGAUGGGCUGAGAAGAGCGGAGAUGUGCGGAUUUGACCAAUCACAGCAUUCGAGAGAGCGAAAAACGAAGACGCUCUGUCACUCUCUCCCUCACGGUGAUUGGUCGAUUCCUGCACAUCUCCGCACAGCUCCGCGUCAAUGGAAACGCAGCCUUAGUCGCGCCUGGUGCACCCUAGGGCUACUUUGUAACCGUCACAGUUUGUUUUUUUUUUUAAAUUAGCUUCGGGAAAUAUUGAUAUCAAUACCGAGGCUUUUGGAUCUUAAGAAGCAAUCUAAAAAUAAAAAUCAUGUCAAUCUUAAGUCUUAACCCCACUGCCGCAAGGCUCAUUUUAUGUAAUAUUCCCGACACGAAUACUUGUAGGUUAAAAACAUGAGUCUGUAUUAUAGAUUUUAAUUUUAAGCCUAAUUUGUUUGCCCGUUGAUUUAGUUUUAAUUGAUUCGGCUGGUCGAUUUUUCUCUUUUUAAUUAAUAUUAUUAUUUGUAUAAUUUGGAUCGCCUCUUUCGGGGGUUAAGUCGGAUGUCAUUUGGGAUUUCAGCCGCUGAAUUUCUUAUACACUUUUUUGUAUGAUGGGAAAUGUAGCUGUUGAAAUGCUGAGUGGGCAUGUAGGGUGUAAAGACAGUUAUUGCCUGUAGAACGACUGUUUUAUGAUUACGACUGAUAUUGGAGGGAUUUUCAAGGAACAUAUUGGUGAAGACCCUCCUUGUCUACAGGCUUGGUUGCGGUCAUCGCAGUGGGUAACAGUUUACUGAUAAGAAAACUUGAAACUGAAUAUAAUAUAAAAAAGCUCAUUUUAAAGCGAUCACGAGAUGGUAACUCUUAAACUUACAAUUGGGUCGUGUACUGGGUUCUAAAACUAACGAAAACCUUUUUUUCUAUUUAAAUUAGUUAAGAAUUUUAAUCAAGAAAACGUAGUCCGUAAUGUUAUCACGUUUUUCUACUGCGUCACAGUGCGCUUUUUCGUACAAAUUCAUAGUAAUUUUGUGUUAUAAUCCUGACAUAAGACAGCCUCCCCCCAAACAAUGGAGCGUGGAGGAUAACCGCUCCACUACAGGUUGGUGGAGUACACUGUUCCCCACUGCGAUGUCCACAACGUGUGUCACAGCUGGUGAUAUAAGUGUUUUAGUUUUUUAUCGACUAUUUGCGUUAAGUGUACCAAAAACUGAUGCGAGUGCAGCGGCGCUUCGCCGCAGUGAUGAUUCUCUGUAGUUAUGUAUUAAAAUAAAUAAUAAAUACGCAA